AUUUCUGCAGACCGGAGAAGAAGCUGACUGAUGAGUUCUUUCCUCUCCAGAACAUGUGGAUGAUGCGCUGAAGGAUCCACAGAGUGAGAGCGACUUCCAAACGUCCAUCUGCAGCAAUACUCCACGGGGAAUAAUGUGGAUUAUCGUGGCUGUUCUCCUGACGACGGUCGGUCCCGGCUGGAGCUGGGGAUGCCAGCUGCCGAGUGACUGGAGGCCCCAGACGGAGGCGUGCCGUGCCGAGCUGGCGGAGAUCAUCGUGUUCGCCAAGGUGCUGGCCCUGCACAAGGAGCCUUACAACUACUUGCCCUGGCAGCAGGACACGGACCUGCUCUACUCGGCCGAGAUCGAGCUGCUGUGCGACCAGGCGUGGGGCAGCAUGCUGGAGGUGCCUGCGGGCUCCAGGGUCAACGUCACCGGCCUGGGCUACUUCCCGUGUUUCUCCUACAGCGUGACCCCCAACAACAACUACUACUUCUUUGUCAGGAUGGAUGAAAACUACAACAUCGUCCCCCACGGAGUGAACUUCCAAGACGCCAUCUUCCCAGACACGACAGACAACCAUCACGCGUUCGCCAGCCUUUUCCAGUUUGCCAACUGCACACCCGGGACUCAGGUCCACAGCUUCACCCCAGAGUGGGAGGCUCAGGAAGACAGCAGGCUGUUGUGCUCGGCGGUGCAGAAGGCUCUGUUCGAGGAGGAGGAGAAGGUGAGGACGCUCUCUCAGAACGUGCGCUACUUGGAGAAGGCCAACGGCCACCUGAGGGAGAAGGUGAGGACCAUGAAGCGUCUCCUGCGCCAGGCCCAGCGCGGCACUGCCAAGGAGCAUCAAACGCUCAGCCUCAAGCAGCUUUAUGAGUCAAAGACAACCCGGAGUCACCCUCACCAGGACACCACCCAGAACCAGAAGGACCCUGCCCUGAAGAGGGCGCUGGCAAGGAAGUCAAAGAAGUAGGAUCACCAUCAGUGCACACUAGCGAGACAUCAGCAGGCUUAACAUGGGUCUUAUAUUCGCAUCUUAUUAUGAUGAUUCCAUAAGGAUCAUUCUGCAGUACCAUAUUUUUCGAACUAUAAGGUGCACUUAAAAUCCUUUCAUUUUCUCAAAAAUGGACAGUACGCCUUAUAACUCGGUGCGCCUAAUGUAGGUAUUAAUUCUGGUUGUGCUUACCGGCUUGGAACCUAUUUCAUUAGGUGCAUUGUGUAGUGUGACCAGUAGAUGGCAGUCAAACAUAAGAGAUACGUGUGGACUGCAGGGUGACUGGCGCCUGUUAAAUAAAUGACGCCAGCAAGAACACGUAAGCAAGCAACACCAAAACAUUGAUGUUUCAUUGAGAAUAUAGAACAUUACAAAAAACCUGUCAAAAUGUUUUAAUACGACUUUGGUAAGCUACGAAGUCGCACCGCUUGACGCAUUGUCGCAGCAUUACGGCACCUAUUAGGAGACUUAAAGAUGGUCUGUAAAACAUAAUAUAUGCAACAUUUGGACCAAAGGACCACCAUUACAUGUUAUGGAGACCACAAGGAAGUCUUUUAAAUGUGACAAAACAAAUCAUAAUAUGACCCCUUAAAUGCGCCUUAUUUAUGAAAAUAGACCUGAAUAGACCUACUUAUCGACAGUGAGCCUCAUAAUCCGGUGUGCCUUAUUGUUCUAAAAAUACGGUACUUGAUAAGGCUUCUCUUAUUUUAGCAUUGCAUGUAUAUUUAAUUAAACAUAUUGCUUCCAGAUGAAUUCAAACCAAGGGCUCUGUAAAACUGUGACCUUUGACACUAUAGAGGACAUUUGGAGUGAAAUCAGAAAUAUUCUUCAAAAAUCAUACACACCUCGGCAGACACAAGACAUUGAUACAACGUUGAUUAUACAGUACAUACAAACAACGUUGCAAAAUAGUUGCAUUUGUAAAUUGAGACAAUGUUGUCGGUUGGGAAAUGACCAAAUUUCAAUGGUCAAAUCAACGUCUGAAAACCCAACGUUGAUUUAACGUUGUCAAAAAGCAUGUUGUUUCAACAUUGUAUUUGUGUUGUAGAAUAUUGGUAGAGAAAUAAGCAAUUUUCAAUGGUCAAAUCAACGCCAAAACCCAACAUUCAUUAAACGUUGUUAAAGAGCAUGUUUCAACGUUGUAUUUGUGUUGUAGAAUAUUGGUUGGGAAAUGACCAAGUUUCAAUGGUCAAAUCAACGUCAGAACCUAACAUUGAUUAAACGUCGUCAAAAAGCAUGUUGUUUUAACAUUGUUUUUGUGUUGUAGAAUAUUGGUUGGGAAAUGACCAAAUUUCAAUUGUCAAAUUAACGUCAAAAUCUGACAUUGAAUAAACAUAAAAAAGCACCUUGUUUCAACGUUGUAUUUGUGUUGUAGAAAAUCGGUUGGGAAAUGACUAAAUUUCAAUGGUCAAAUCAACAUCACAACCUGACAUUAAAUAAACGUCAAAAAGUAUGUUGUUGCAAUUUUGUAUUUGUGUUGUAGAAUAUUGGUUGGGAAAUGACCAAAAUUUCAAUGUCAAAACGUCAGAACCCAACAUUGAUUAAACGUUGUCUAAAAGCAUGUUGUUUCAACGUUGUAUUUGUGUUGUAAAAUAUUGGUUGGAAAAUGACCAAGUUUCAUUGGUCAAAUCAACGUCAGAACCUGACAUUGAUUAAACGUUGUCAAAAAGCAUGUUGUUUCAACGUUGUGUUUGUGUUGUAGAAUAUUGGUUGGGAAAUCACCAAAUUUCAAUGGUCAAAUCAACGAAAUUGAAUAAACAUCCUCAAAAAGCACGUUAUUUCAACGUUAUGUUUAAGUUGCUCAAGGUCAGGACCUAAUUCAACAAUUUCUCAAUGUUGUUUCAAUGUCUUUUGCCUGCUGGGACAAUGACCCAUGACACAAAAAUGGCUUUACUAGUCUCAAAAUCCAGAAUAAUUGAGUAAAGUGUGUACAAAAACUGCCAAAAGUACACUUCUGUCCACAAAGCAUGUUGUGUUGUUGAGUAGAAAUGGUAAAUGUGUGAUGAGUGGGGGUAUGUGAGUGCUGUUUUAUUUUAUUUUUAGAAACUAUUUACAUACACUAUAUAUCCAAAAAGUGCUGUGGGGAUUUAUUGUUCUUCUUUUUUUUUUGAUGAAAAAAAUGGUGCUGCGCAUCUUUUGAGUUGAGCCAGUAAACCGAGUAAGGUCAAGGGUAGACUUUUUCUAAAAGGUUCUGUUUUUGACAGUGCUUUUUUUUUUAUUUUAUUAUUGCGUGUACUUGUCGCCAUUACUUGUUUUCAUUACUCCUCUCCACAUUUUUUUUACUGAAUAAAUAAGU